AUGACCACGGAUCCUCCACGGUUCCCGCACCUUCAGGAUCUUUCCAGGGAUCCGACUCCAGCACUGUCGGACGAUGACAUCGAUCCCUCUCCUCACGGAACGCUCUCCGAGGUGCAGUUGACAUAUCGUACCGUCAGCAGUCGCGACUCAGACGCCGACGAGAAAGCCAAAAAACACGAUGCAUCCGCGCAACAAGCA